CAAAACAUAAUGAGUGAGAAAGGAAAAAAUAUAGAGAUGGAGGAGGAGACGAUUGAUCAUUGGAGCCACGAGCAUCCACUUACUCUGGUGGAAGCUCGCGGAAAGGAUUACUGUUAUGGCUGUGAACGGCGGUUUGGUAAUGGAGAGCACGCUUAUGGAUGCAGCAUCAAUGGAUGUAAGUAUUCAAACCUAUUACAUGAAGAAUGUGCAGUGGUGGCGACAGAGAUACGAUAUCCAUUGCACCACCCUCAACACAUACUCAACCAACGGCUCGCACGGAAUUCUAUUAGGUCGUCGUGUGGUAUCUGUGGAAGGAUGGUUUCGAGCAUUGGUUACAGAUGCACAAGCUCAGGAUGUUGGUUCCUGAUGCACCAGAGAUGCGCGCAGGGCGAAGGGGUGAUUGAUGCCACAACAACCCAUAAUGAUGAGCAAAGGCGCGGCAUCAUACAUCAUCCAAGUCAUCCCAACCAUGAACUGAAGCCGUUGAGGAGAAGGUUUUCCAUCAAGUGCGAUGCUUGCGGCACCACACACAGGGAUAGUUCCUAUAUAUGCACCAAAGAUGAUUGCCAAUAUUUGAUCCAUCAAAAAUGUGCUUCCCUGCCUCAAGACUUGAAAAGGGAAGACCAUCAUCACUCUCUUUCUCUCUCUUUUCAUGUCCCACUUGAAUAUAUCAGAUAUGACUACAAAUGUGAUGUAUGCAGCUUGUCUUUUUUACCAAACUACUGGAUAUAUCACUGUCCACUCUGUAGAUAUAUUGUCCACGUCAAGUGUGCCUUCAACAAACCGCUUCGCAUCACUGAAAACGAUGCAAAUACAUACAAUCGCAAACACCAUAUCCAUCUUCCAACAGAUGAGGUGGUUGGGAAUAUAAUCACACCUUUUGUCAUGAGACAAAGACGAGGAAGAAGAAGAGGAAGAAGAAGUAGAGGAAGAGAAUUCUUACCACCCAUCACCCCUGAUGAUGAUAAGUUGGUGAAUGUGAAAUAUAAGUUCCAUCGUCACCAACAUCGGCUCACUUAGUCUCAUCCUCAUCUCAACACCCUCAAAUCCUAGGAGAAGAAGAAGACGAGGAGAAUUAUGGAGUGAGAUCGGAAUUAAUAUGUGAUGGGUGCAUCACUCCUAUAUCUUCAUCAACUAGUAAAUGUUACUAUAUGAGUGGCAGUAAAUGCAAAUACAAUCUUCACAUUGCCUGCUUUCACUUGCCACCUCGCGUCUCAUCUCUUCCACUCCACCAUCACCAAGAUGAUCUACUCCUCCAAUCUUGUGACAAACUUCAACCUUGGGAGCACAAAUGGUGUGAUGUAUGUUCCUAUUCUACGAAUGCGUUGUUUUACGCUUGUAAAAAGUGUAACUUCAAAGUAGAUAUCAAGUGCGCUUCUAUGCCGGAUACCAUACUUCACGAAGCUCACCCGCAGCAUCUCCUCAACCACGUGACUAAGUACGUUCUACGCAGAGAUAGCUACGCAUCAAGCUUGUCGUGCGCUGCUGGUUGUGAUUUUCCUGCGUGGAUGUACGAUUGUUACAGGUGCAGCAGCAGUUCAUGUGAUUUCAUUGUGCACGUCAGAUGCGCCUCGUUGCCGAAAUCAGUCAACAGCCUCAGGUGGGACAAGCACCACCCGCUGCUGUUGACGUACGACGCCACUCUCAACCAUCCUGGCGAUUUCUGGUGCGAUCAAUGCGAAACACAAAUGAAUCCCCGGAGCUGGAUGUAUCACUGCCGCGCCUGCGAUUUAUCCUUCCAUCCAAAAUGCUUUCCAACUGCAUCCGGCGAGUAUAGAAACAUCAAGUUGGGGCAGGAAUAUCAUGUGAAUGGCAAAGUUCACCCACAUCGUCUCGCAUUUCAACUUCUCACCACGAAACGCCGCUGCGACUGUUGUCAUCAGGAUAGACAUGAAAAGGAAGGAUUUUACUGUGCAUUAUGCAACUUCUUCAUGUGUCUAGACGACUGCGGUGGAAAAAUGAUCUAUAAUGAUCGCAUCAAGGCCGUUGAUUGAUUCAGACAAAAUCAGAUCAUUCGUUUAGUAGUAGUAGUAGUAGUGUUACGAGGAGGUCACCUCUCUCAUUACAUGUAUAAGUAACGGGGGUCUGCUAAAGCGGGACGGAGGGAGUAUGUUACGUGUAUCCCAUGUGUUCUUAUACCUAGCUAUAUAUGUUUCUUUUAAAAUCGCAA